AUGACCACCCCCCCAAACCACGCCCUCGUCUUCGGCGCCUCCGGCAUAAUAGGCUGGGCCUUCGUCAACGAGAUCCUGCAAGACUACCCAGCGCCCAACACCUUCUCCCGCGUCACAGCCUUCACCAACCGCCCGCUCUCCCCGAAAAUCUCGCAGUGGCCCCCCUCCGACAAACUGCACCUGAUCUCCAACCUCGACCUCAUCCACACCGACCCAACCAGCCUGUCCACAUUCCUGCAAUCACACCUCCCCGAUUUAGAGACCGUAACGACCGUCUACUUCUGCGCGUACAUCUUCUCCCCGGACCCGGCCAAAGAAACCGCCCUGAACAUCCACAUGCUCCGGACCACAGUGGAGGUGGUUGAAUCUCUGUGCCCUAAUUUCCGGAUGCUCGUGCUCCCCACGGGCGUCAAGGCCUACGGAGUCCACCUCCUAACUUCCUUCCCCUUCGCCACGCACCUCCCCCUCCGCGAAACCCACCCACCCCUCCCCGAACCCCACGCCACGCAACUCUUCUACACGCACCAGCACGCCCUCCUCCAGGAGCUCUCUGCGAGCAAAAAAUGGAGCUACAUCGACCUCCGCCCGGACAUCGUGGUGGGCUUCGUGCCCAACAACAACCAGCACAGUCUCGCGCAGUGGCUGGCCCUGUACCUGAGUCUGUACCGGUACAUCCACGGCCGCGGGGCGGUGGUCCCGUUCCCUGGAACGGAGAGAAGCUGGGCCGCGCGGGCGCAGGAUAGUUCGCAGGAUGUGAUUGCCCGACUUGGCGUUUUUCUAUCCUUGCAACCCCGCAAUGAGGUCGGGGGCCAGAGUUUUAAUGUGGCGGAUACGAAAGUGCCGGGGACGUGGGCGGGGAAGUGGGCGGUUCUCUGUGAGUACUUUGGGCUGGUGGGGGUAGGCCCUGAGGAGGGGGAGGGGCUGGAUCCGGCGGAGUUUUUGCUACAGCAUCAGGCUGAAAGGGGGGAGAUGGCGAGGGAGUACGGGUUGAAGGGCGGGCAUGGGACGGCGGAGGAUGGGGUGAGUCUCAGCCAUGUGCCGAGUUUCCUGAUGAAGGGGUUCGAUUUUGAUCGGCCGCUGGAUUUGGGGAAGAUGCAUCGUGUGUGGGGAGAUGGGGCGGAGGAGAGGGAUGCACGGGGGACGUGGUGGGCAGUUUUUGAUCGGUAUAAGGCUGCGGGGAUUAUUCCGGAUUUCGAAAGGUGA